AUGCAAUUUCAAGCAUUGAGAUUAUUCGAGAGAGCCAGCAAACGUGUUCCACUUAUUAGAUUCCCAAAUAGAAAAGCUGGAGAAACACACAUUUCAUAUGAACAACCAAAAGUAGCAUCUACAGCAUCAGUACCACCACAAGCACAACCACCAAAGAAGAAAGGUAAUCAUGUAUAUAUCACUGCUGACCAAGCUCCAAAGAGAUUACCAAUGAAGGAUGAUGAAAUCGAUAUGAUCAUGCUUGGUGGAAUCAAAGAAGUUGCACCACCUCCAAAGAAAUCGAAAAAGUAA